AUGGUCUAUGCUUAUCUGAUGAACCAUACCUUGACGCCUUCAUUAGCCACCGCAACAGAUUCACGAUCUGCGAUCUGCUUUAUCACGAAUGGCAUUGUUGUACGUUCUCUAUAUGAUAUCUUCCAAAUCUUACCUCUUCCUCGUCCCUAUUCAACAUAGUUGCCGCUGGAACGUAUGUUGACGCUUUAGGUAAAGCCUGAGCAGCUUCUUCGGUUUCGAUUGGCUGUUCCUGUUGAAAGCCGCUACUUGAAGCGGCCUGAUACGGUGCAGGCCCUUUAUACGGCUGAGAUGAUGGCUCAGGUUGGUAUGAGGGAAGACCAGGAGGAGCUGCUCGGUAUCUGGGUAAGGCUUGGUACGAAGGUGCAGGAGGAGCUUUAUAUGUUUGGAAAGGAGGAGGCGGAGGAGGGGGAGGAGGAGGAGGUGGUGGUGGAGGAGGAGGAGGAGGAGGAGGGGGUACAGCGUAGGGUGAAGGAGCUGGAUAGGAAGGAGGAGCUGCAUAAGACGAAGGACCAGCAGCAAACGCGCCGACGGAAGGUACGACGGGGUAGCCACCCAUCAUGCUUGACCUGA